CGGGGCAGGGGAGGGCGCUGUGGAGCGGCUGUCGCCCCGGGGCACCGUUGCGAGCCGGCGUGUAGCGCAUAACUGGGCGUCUUGAACGCGCCUGUGGGUCCGUGGUUGAACUUUGUCUCCACGGGAACGUCGGUCUCCGUGAGUGUAGACGGGCGCCCCGUUGCGAGGAGACUGUGCGCGAAGUCUGCGUGUUAGCGGCAUGGCAUCACCAGCUUCCCCGGGACCACAGCCUGAUCUGCCUGGUUUGUUUUGGAUCUAAGCUGAAAUAAUGAUGAGUUUUGAGGAUCUGGAUGAGGACCCAGGCAAGUUUGUUACCUGCUGGUGGAAGUGGGAGGAAGAAGAUUCUCUGCCAGACAGGUCCACAAGAGAGCUCUGGAGACUCAGAGAUCUAUGUUCCAAUCCUGUCUUGGCCACUGUGUGGUCUGAGCAAGUCGUCCUUUCUCUGAGCCUUGGUGGCCUCGUCUGUAAGAAGGGACUAAUGAUACGGGAUUUGAGGGCUGUUGAGGAGCUGAUGAGUGUGUCAUGUUCAGUACCAGUGUUCCCCCAUGGGCAGGCUCACAGCUUAGGGAUGGGAAGUCAGUCCCUGGAGGGAGCCUGCCAAAACCAGAAUCCCACAUGUGCCCCUCCCUAGGGCACAAGCCUUCCACAGGACCAAGCCUGAGCCCUGUAGCCUGGGACUUAAGGUCUCUGAUAACUGGGGCCUGCCGGCCUUUCCAGCCACCUCUGGCGCCUGAUUCUUCACGAUGCAGCAGCUGUCUGGAGUCUCUCAUUUCUUGCCUCGGGCCUGUUGCAUAUUCUACACUCCCUGCCUGAUAAGCCGCCUACUCGCACCUUCCUCAACUGGAGAACUACCCAGACUUGGGACCCAGCUCAGAUGGCCCCUCCUCUGGAAAGCUUUCCUUGAUCCCCACAGCAGGGUUGGAGCCUCUUCUAGGCUCUUACAGUCCUGGUGCUGACAGCCCUGGUCCCACCUGGACCGUCAUGAUCUAUGUCUGUCUCCUCCUUUCCUCUUCUCAGGUCUAGGGGGUCCUGGAGGGCAGAAACUGGGUCUGACUCAUUUCUGUAUUGCCAGCAUCCCGCACAGGGCUGAGCUGAACUGAGAGAGCAGCAGCAGCCCCCAUCCCCUGUUUCUGGCCCCAGCUUCUCCAGUAAAGGCCUGGCUGCAGACACUGUUCCCUGAGCCUUCAGAUGCUCCUGCUGAGGAAUUUGGGGACCUGCAAUUGAUCUCAUUCCAGCUCUGCUCCCAGCUUGUUGGAUGACCAGUUCCUGCCCUGCUAGGCUCUAAAAGGAGGUCAGAACAAGAAACCACAUGACCGCAGUGUGAAAGGUGGACAGACAGGGCAGGGGUGGAGGCACGGAGGCCAGUGAGGAGGCUGGUGCUGUGGACUGCGGAAUAACAGGCCUCAGGCUGCAGUGUGGGGACCAUGUGGUGCAUGUCCGAGGAAUUUCACUGGUUGAACUAACAGGACUUGGAGCCCCUUGCGGCAACAGCACUGCCUGCCCAGAAAAAUGCUGGAGGCUAGGUGUGGCCCCCGGCCUGGGGACCUGUUUUUCCUGUUUCCCGCAGAGUUCCCUGCAGCCCAGUCCAGGUGUGUGCAUUCAUGAGUGAGGAACCCGAGCAGGCACUGAGCAUCCUGACCUGGAGAGCGGGGGCUGGUCAGGGCGAUGGCGGCAGACCUGGGCCCCUGGAAUGGCACCAUCAAUGGCACCUGGGAUGGGGAUGAGCUGGGCUACAGGUGCCGCUUCAACGAGGACUUCAAGUACGUGCUGCUGCCUGUGUCCUACGGCGUGGUGUGUGUGCUUGGGCUGUGUCUGAACGCCGUGGCGCUCUACAUCUUCUUGUGCCGCCUCAAGACCUGGAAUGCAUCCACCACAUACAUGUUCCACCUGGCUGUGUCUGAUGCACUGUAUGCAGCCUCCUUGCCGCUGCUGGUCUAUUACUACGCCCGCGGCGACCACUGGCCCUUUAGCACCGUGCUCUGCAAGCUGGUGCGCUUCCUCUUCUACACCAAUCUUUACUGCAGCAUCCUCUUCCUCACCUGCAUCAGCGUGCACCGGUGUCUGGGCGUCUUACGCCCUCUGCGCUCCCUGCGCUGGGGCCAGGCCCGCUACGCUCGCCGGGUGGCCGGGGCCGUGUGGGUGUUGGUGCUGGCCUGCCAGGCCCCUGUGCUCUACUUUGUCACCACCAGCGCACGUGGGGGCCGCGUGACCUGCCACGACACCUCGGCGCCUGAUCUCUUCAGCCGCUUCGUGGCCUACAGCUCAGUCAUGCUGGGCCUGCUCUUCGCGGUGCCCUUUGCCAUCAUCCUUGUCUGUUACAUGCUCAUGGCUCGGCGGCUGCUAAAGCCGGCCUACGGGACCUCGGGCGGCCUGCCUAGGGCCAAGCGCAAGUCCGUGCGCACCAUCGCCAUAGUGCUGGCUGUCUUCGCCCUCUGCUUCCUGCCCUUCCAUGUCACCCGCACCCUCUACUACUCCUUCCGCUCGCUGGACCUCAGCUGCCACACCCUCAACGCCAUCAACAUGGCCUACAAGAUCACCCGGCCGCUGGCCAGUGCUAACAGUUGCCUUGACCCGGUGCUCUACUUCCUCGCUGGGCAGAGGCUUGUACGCUUUGCCCGAGAUGCCAAGCCACCCACUGACCCCAGCCCUGCCAUCCCAGCUCGCCGCAGGCUGGGCUUGCGCAGAUCCGACAGAACUGACAUGCAGAGGAUAGAAGAUGUGUUGGGCAGCAGUGAGGACUCUAGGCGGACAGAGUCCACACCGGCUGGUAGCGAGAACACUAAAGACAUUAGGCUGUAGGAGCAGAGCACUUCAGCCUGCGCAGGUUUAUAUUGGGAAGCUGCAGGGACCAGGGCUUGUGCAGAUUGUACGGUCUCCCCAGAUAUGGACCAUCAGUGACUCAUGCUGGAUGACCAAGGAAGCCAUGACCCCAUGCUCCGUCAUUUGACAGGGGCUCAGGAUAUUCGCUCUGUGGUCCAGAGUCAACUGUUCCCAUAACCCCUAGUCACCGUUUGUGUGUAUGAAUUGGGGGAAUUAAGUUUCAAGAAAGGCGAGAGUUAAGGUCAAUGACACCCCUGGCCUGACUCUCACGCAAGUAGCUGGCUGUACUGCCAAGGUACCUAGGUUGGAGUCUAGCCUAAUCAAGUCAAAUGGAGAAACAGGCCCAGAGAGGAAAGUGGCUUACCAAGGUCACGUACCAGAGUCUGUAGCUGAGCUACCUGGGGUGGCGGCCAAGUCACAGGUUGGCCAGAAAACCCUGGUAAGUAAUGAGGGCUGAGUUUGCACAGUGGUCUGGAAUGGACUGGGUGCCACAGUGGACUCAGCUCUAAGGAGUACCCCCAGCCCAAGAGAUGAACAUCUGGGGACUAAUGUCAUAGACGCAUCUGGAGGCUCCCAUGGGCUAGGAGCCAGUGUGAGGCUGUAACUUAUACUAAAGGUUGUGUUGCCUGCUGA